CUGGGGAAGUGGGAGGUGGGGGAAAUGUCUGAAGUUAAUUGUUAGGGAUGUGGGUGUGGCCGUGGGGAUGUUCACCAAGGGGUCCUGCGUUUUCUCUAUAAAACCUGCCCCCUUUUUCACCAGCCCCUCUUGGAUGUUGCUUGCUGUGGUUGAACUAGCCCUGGAGAAAAAAAAGGAGGCACCAGAAGAGUCUCUGGCCCCUCUGCGGAAAGAGAGAGAAGUAGACAAAGCCAAGGAGGAGCAGCAAAGUGAGGAGCUGCUGAAACAGACGGAAGUCGAGAGGCAGAAGAUCAUCUGGGAGUGGAAGGAGCUGCAGGAGUUUCUGGAGGAGCAGGAGCAGCGGUUGCUGUCCCAGCUGGAAGAGCUAGAGAGAGCCAUUGUCCAGAGAAGGGAUGAGGGCCUCUGCAAACUUUCUGGGGAGAUUUCAGUGCUCCGUGAGAGAAGAGGAGAGAAAGGACAGCAGCCACUGAGCCAAUAUUUGCAGACUCCAAUGGUGCCUGCCCUGCAGAGCGGGGGGUCUCCCCAGCCUGGGACACCCCACCUGACUGCAUCUCCUUUCUCUCCCUCUCAGGGUGCUGGAAGCACUGAGAGCAGCAGGGAGGACGGGAAGUUUCAGAAGCCAGAGCUGGGGUUUAUGGUGCUGGAGAAGAGACUCUGCAAUUUCUCUCUGAAAAGUGCCGCCCUGCAAGAGGUGCUGCUGGGAUUCAAAGAGACGCUGCGACUGGAGCUGGGGAGCGACACAGGCUGCAGAACAACAUCCACUUUUCACUCCAGAUGGGCCCAGCCUCCCAGGGAACGGGGAAGGGAAAUGGAUGCUGUGGAGCUGGCUCAGGGGCUGGUGACCUUUGAGGAGGUGGCUGUGUAUUUCACCAGGGAAGAGUGGGCUCUGCUGGACCCUGCUCAGAGAGACCUCUACUGGGAUGUCAUGCAGGAGAACUAUGAGAAGGUGACCACUCUGGGGUUACCAGUUUCCCAACCUGAGGUGAUGCCCCAGCUGGAACGAGGGGAAGAACUGUGGGUCUCAGAUCUCCAGAGCUCUGAGGAAGGAGAGAUCCUGAGAAGAACCUUCCCAGGAGAUGGUGGGAUGGUGAGUGAGAACAGGGAGCACAAUCCACAGCAGGAGGAUGCUGAGCAUGUGGAACCACACUGGGAAGUAUCACAAAGAACGAAGGGGGACAUGUCCAGGAGUCAUAAGGAGAGGCAGCAGGGAACCCAGCCAGUGGAGAAAAUGAUUAAAUCCAUCAAUUGUGAGGAAAAUCACAAGGACCUCCAGGAAACCACAGUGCAGCAGAGAAUCCUCAUGGGAGAGAGGAAACACACAUGCCCUGAGUGCGGGAGAAACUUCAGUAGACGCUCACACCUUAUUCACCACGAGCGAAUCCACACAGGAGAGAGACCCUAUGAAUGCUGUGAGUGUGGGAAAAACUUCACUCGGCGCUCAGACCUUAUUAGACACCAGAAAACCCACACAGACGAGAGCCCCUAUGAAUGUUGUGAGUGCGGGAAAGCCUUCAUUUACUGCUCAGACCUGAGGAGACAUCAGAGGAUCCACAGGAGGCAGAGACCCUAUGAAUGCUGGUUACCAGUUUCUAAGCCUGAGGUGAUGUCCCAGCUGGAACGAGGGGAAGAGCUGUGGGUCUCAGAGCUCCAGGGCUCUGAGGAAGGAGAGAUCCUGAGAAGAACCUUCCCAGGAGAUGGUGGGAUGGUGAGUAAGAACAGGGAACUCAGUCCACAGCAGGAAGAUGCUGAGCAUGUGGAACCGCACUGGGAAGUAUCACAAAAAACGAAAGGGGAUGUGUCCAGGAGUCAUGAGGAGAGGGAGCAGGGAAACCAGCCAGCGGAGAAAAUGGGAAAAUCUAUCAAGUGUGAGGAAGAUCACAAGGACCUUCAGGAAACCACAGCGCAGCAGAGAAUCCUCAUGGGAGAGAGGAAACACACAUGCCCUGAGUGCGGGAGAAACUUCAGUAGACGCUCACACCUUAUUCACCAUGAGCGAAUCCACACAGGAGAGAGACCCUAUGAAUGCUGUGAGUGUGGGAAAAACUUCACUCGGCGCUCUGACCUUAUUAGACACCAGAAAACUCACACAGACGAGAGCCCCUAUGAAUGUUGUGAGUGCGGGAAAGCCUUCAUUUACUGCUCAGACCUGAGGAGACAUCAGAGGAUCCACAGGAGACAGAGACCAUAUGAAUGCUGGUUACCAGUUUCCAAGCCUGAGGUGAUGUCCCAGCUGGAACGAGGGGAAGAGCUGUGGGUCUCAGAUCUCCAGGGCUCUGAGGAAAAAGAGAUCCUGAGAGGAACCUGUCCCGGAGAUGGCGGGAUGGUGAGUGAGAACGGGGAGCACAAUCCACAGCAGGAAGAUGCUGAGCAUGUGGAACCACACUGGGAAGUAUCACAAAGAACGAAGGGGGACAUGUCCAGCAGUCAUGAGAGGCAGCAGGGACACCAGCCAGCGGAGAAAAUGGGCAAAUCCAUCAAUUGUGAGGAAGAUCACAAGGACCUCCAGGAAACCACAGUGCAGCAGAGAAUCCUCAUGGGAGAGAGGAAACACACAUGCCCUGAGUGCGGGAGAAACUUCAGUAAACGCUCACACCUUAUUCAUCAUGAGCGAAUCCACACAGGAGAGAGACCCUAUGAAUGCUGUGAGUGUGGGAAAAACUUCACUCGGCGCUCAGACCUUAUUAGACACCAGAAAACCCACACAGACGAGAGCCCCUAUGAAUGUUGUGAGUGCGGGAAAGCCUUCAUUUACUGCUCAGACCUGAGGAGACACCAGAGGAUCCAUACAGGACAGAGACCCUAUGAAUGCUGGUUACCAGUUUCCAAGCCUGAGGUGAUGUCCCAGCUGGAACGAGGAGAAGAGCUGUGGGUCUCAGAUCUCCAGGGUUCUGAGGAAAGAGAGAUCCUGAGAGGAACCUUCCCAGGAGAUGGUGGGAUGGUGAGUGAGAACAGGGAGCACAAUCCACAGCAGGAGGAUGCUGAGCAUGUGGAACCGCACUGGGAAGUAUCACAAAGAACGAAGGGGGACGUGUCCAGGAGUCAUGAGGAGAGGCAGCAGGGAAACCAGCCAGCAGAGAAAAUGGGCAAAUCCAUCAAUUGUGAGGAAAAACACAAGGACCUCCAAGAAACCACAGCGCAGCAGAGAAUCCUCAUGGGAGAGAAGAAACACAUAUGCCCUGAGUGUGGGAAAAACUUCAGAAGUCGCUCACACCUUAUUAACCAUGAGCGAAUCCACACAGGAGAGAGACCCUAUGAAUGCUGUGAGUGUGGGAAAAACUUCAUUCGACGCUCACACCUUAUUAGACACCAGAGGAUCCACACCGGUGAGCGACCCUAUGAAUGUUGUGAGUGUGGGAAAACCUUCCUUUACCGCUCAGACCUUGGGAGACAUCAGAGGAUCCACACAGGACAGAGACCUUAUGAAUGCUGUGAGUGCGGGAAAAGCUUCCAUCAGGGGUCACACCUUAUUUAUCAUAAGAGAAUCCACCAGGGAGAUAAACACCAUAAAAUCCUUGUCUAGGGCUGGCAAAACAUACAUUUGUUUCUUUAAUAUUUUUGCUAAUUCCCACACGUGGCUUUUAAGCCUGUGAGUGCCAUUUACAUGAUUGUGGUCUCAGCUCCCCCAUGUGAGUUGUCCGGUUCUGCUUUUUGCAGCUAGCCCUUCUUUGGGGGGAAUCCCCAAAGCCCUGUUCUGCCAUCUGCUUUGGUCUAUGAGUCGUGGGAGUGUGAGUCCCUCUUACUAGGAAUAUGCGUCAGCCCCAGGUGGGGAGACACGAAUGUCCUCAGUUAGCUGCAUUGUGGUAAAAUCUAACUGGGCUUUCUCUCCAUUAGCAUUUUUUGCAGUUAGCCAGCUUGAGUGAACUAUCCAGAUGGAAAAUCACAACUCUGUUUUCUGCGCUGACAUGACCCAAGUACAAUAGUCUGGGCAGGUAGCACUUUUCCCUCGACCUGUCCUAACCUCCUCCACUUUUCCUAGUCUAGACAAACCAUUAUCAUGAUGCUAAAAACUUUUUUAAAUAACACAGCUCAAUAAUAAUGAGACAGCACUGAGUGUGAAGCAGGUUUCAGUGGAUCAGAGGAGAAUGCAAUGGGAAGAUCUGUGGUUCUCAUUCUGAGUUAUCAGAUGUAACCUGCUCUAGAAUCUCAUUCCAUCUGAAACUGAAAAUAUCUUACACCUCUGUGAGCAGGGUUAGAUUUCCAACUAGGCAGUCGGAAGGUUGCCAAGUAUUUGAUUUUCUAGCCUUUGGGCUAUUUUCAGCUGUCAAUUGCCAGGGUUUUUUUAGCAGUUGGAAGUUGCAAGAUUUUGAGUUCUUUUGCUACACUGCUUCCACUGGCCACACUGCUCAGGAGGGAGGGAGCCUCCUGAUCUGUCCCAUCCCUUGCCAAGAUGCCCCACACACCACUUGUCUCAGUUCAUGGUCCCUCUCCUUAGGUGACAUUUGCAGCAUGUGUAGAAUUCUUAUCCGAGGGAGGCAGAAUUUUUUUUCUGCAAAAAUAUGCUGCAGUUCUGUCUUUUGUCCACCAGAGGCCACUGUGGUGCCAGAACAGCUUGAGCUGGCUGAGGCUGACUGCUCCAGCAGGCAGCUGCAAACAGCUGGCAGGCCAGUGGCAGGGGCAUUUCUUCCUCAAGUGAAAAGUUGCAGCAGCCUUCUUGGAGGCAGAGCAGGCCACACAGGACUGCUGGGCUGGGGAGGUCACAGGGUCACAUGGGGAGGCAGGGGGGCCACUGAUGAUGCUGUGCCUAGGAGCACAAGAUGUAAAUCCAGCCCUGAUUUUCCUCUCUUUCCUGAAGGCUGUUUGGUUACACAACUGGACAUUAGUAUUCUGUGGCAGAAUGUAGUUCAGAUUUAUUGGGGACUUUGAGUCAAAUAACCAGUUGCUUCAAUAGUCCUUUCUUCCUUUAUUUUUCCUUUUCCUCCACCCCUCCAUGAUGACAUGGGGAAAGUUCAAACGCAGCUCAGUCAGCUGGAGAGAAUAUUCCCAGUUCUGGGAUACGCUACUAAGGAAACAGGAGUGGUUUUAAAUCUCCAGUGGUUAACAACAGCACACCCCAAACUCUGCAACUAUCUGAAGUAACUAGGUAUAAUCACAGUGUUGGUCAAUUAUUUAAAUCAUUAUUAUCUCUGAUAACACAGGGAGAGAGUGCCACAGUAAGUGAUUUGGAACUAGGCAAAAUGCCCAUGUAUUUGGUUCCCAACACAGUUGUGACCCAGCUCCUACAGGAAGUUACUCCUGAAGAUAUCUCUGAGCUAAUCCUAAUAUUUGGGAAAUACUGCUUUUAGCUAUGCAGAUGUGGGGGAAAUAGAACUGGUGUUUUUUGUUGAAUUCACCCUUUGUAAUACUGCAAAUGUGUGUAAAAUAAAUUCAGUGUUCAGUGUGAGACAGCUGAAGGAAAAAUAACUCUUUUUGAACAGAACCCAACCUCUUGUACCAUCCAAUGAGUCUCAUCAGGGCUAUAUCUGAUUGCUGAUUUAGACCUGUUCCAUCAGAUUAAAGAAGUAACCUGGGCAUGUUUGAGGAAGUCAUUACUCGCUAGCACAGCUGACAUUCUGGGUGAGCUGGUAAAGGAUUCUUCUCCAAAGAAACGUAAAUAUGUCCUCCUCAAGACGAAGGAUUUGGCAAGAACUCAGAAACCACAGGCACCUAACUGCUGGUUUUCAGCACAGAGAUGAAAGCUAUGGUGAGCUAUGGUCUAAGCAGAAAUGUGUUUCGAACACAACUCCUUAGUUCUGUGACAUUGAUUAGAGUCCCAACAGGUGCUAGUUUGAUUGAGAACAAUUGUCCUUUACCAUUUGAAUCCAGAGUUUCAUGAGGCAAAGAAAAAGAGUUGAUGCCUUCAGAGGACAUUCCUUCCUCAGAAGGAUCCCAAUCUGGCUGCCUUGUUGGACAAUAAGCACUUUCCUUCUGUGCAAGUGAUGGUAAUCCAUGAGGAAAUGAGUGGGUCAAGCUCCAAGUUCAGACUGUAGGAUCUAUGAAUGUUGAAUCCUGAUUCUGUGCUUUGAUCUCUUGGUUUUGGUCUUGUGUUUUGUGCCUUUGCAUCACGUCUCCAUCUCCUGUUACUUUGAAAGAUUAAAAAGUGUGAAAAUAGAAUAGAAGGUUUUUCUCAUGUUGCAAACCUUGUUGCCACGUAGUGUGAGACCCCUUCCACCAACGCUUAUGGCAGAAGAGCCAUAGGUAAACUAACUUCCAGAAACGGAAGGCACCUAUAUAAAAAUACUGCUCAGGCAUGCAGGAGUGAAAUCAGGAAGGCCAAAUCACACUUGGAGUUACAGCUAGCAAGAGAUGUUAAGAGUAACAAGAAGAAAGUCAAGGAAAGUGGGGGCCCCUUACUGAGUGAGGGAGGCAGCCUAGUGACAGAGGAUGUGGAAAAAGCUAAUGUACUCAGUGCUUUUUUGGCCUCUGUCUUCUUGAACAAGGUCAGCUCCCAGACUGCUGCACUGGGCAGCACAGCAUGGGUGGGAGGUGACCAGCCCUCUGUGCAGAAGGAAGUGGUUCGAGACUAUUUAGAAAAGCUGAAUGAGCACAAAUCCAUGGGGCCGGAUGCGCUGCAUCCGAGGGUGCUAAAGGAGUUGGUGGAUGUGAUUGCAGAGCUGUUGGCCAUUAUCUUUGAAAACUCAUGGUGAUCAGGAGAGGUCCUGGAUGACUGGAAAAAAGUUAAUAUAGUGCCCAUCUUUAAAAAAAGAGAAGAAUGAGGAUCUAGGGAACUACAGGCCAGUCAGCCUCACCUGUGUCCCUGGAAAAAUCAUGGAGCAGGUUCUCAAGGAAUCAAUUGUGAAGCACUUGCAGGAGAGGAAAGUGAUCAGAAACGGUCAGCAUGGAUUCACCAAGGGCAAGUCAUGCCUGACUAACCUAAUUGCCUUCUAUGAGGAGAUAACCGGCUCUGUGGAUGAGGGAAAGCAGUGGAUGUGUUAUUCCUUGACUUUAGCAAAGCUUUUCAUAUGGUCUCCCACAGUAUUCUUGCCAGCAAGUUAAAGAAGUAUGGGCUGGAUGAAUGGACUAUAAGGUGGACAGAAAGCUGGCUAGAUCGUCGGGCUCACCAGGUAGUGAUCAAUGGCUCCAUGUCUAGUUGGCAGCCAGUAUCAAGCGGAGUGCCCCAAGGGUCAGUUCUGAGGCUGGUUUUGUUCGAUAUUGUUAAUGAUCUGGAGGAUGGCAUUGACUGCACUCUCAGCAAGUUUGCAGAUAACACUAAACUGGGAGGAGUGGUAGAUACGCUGGAGGGUAAGGACAAGAUACAGAGGGACCUAGACAAAUUGCAAGAUUUGGCCAAAAGAAAUCUGAUGAGGUUCAACAAGGACAAGUGUAGAGUCCUGCGCUUGGGACGGAAGAAUUCCAUGCACUACUACAGACUAGGGAGUGAGGGGCUAGGCAGCAGUUCUGCAGAAAAGGACCUAGGGGUUACAGUGGACAAGAAGCUGGAUAUGAGUCAACAGUGUGCCCUUGUUGCCAAGAAGGCUAGCGGCAUUUUGGGCUGUAUAAGUUGAGACAAAUUACAGCAGAUCGAGGGACAUGAUCAUCCCCCUCUGUUCGACAUUGAUGAGGCCUCAUCUGGAGUACUGUCUCCAGUUUUGGGCCCUACACUACAAGAAGGAUGUGGAAAAAGUGGAAAGAGUCCAGCGGAGGGCAACAAAAAUGAUUAAGGGGCAGGAGCACAUGACUUAUGAGGAGAGGCUGAGGGAACUGGGAUUGUUUAGUCUGUAGAAGAGAAGAAUGAGGGGAGAUUUGAUAGCUGCUUUCAACUACCUGAAAGGGGGUCAAAGGAGGAUGGAUCUAGACCGUUCUCAGUGGUAGCAGAUGACAGAACACGGAAUAAUGGUCUCAAGUUGUAGUGGGGGAGGUCUUCUUUGGAUAUUAGGAAAAACUUUUUCACUAGGAGGGUGGUGAAGCACUGCAGUGGGUUCCCUAGGGAGGUGGUGGAAUCUCCUUCCUUAGAGGUUUUUAAGGUCAGGCUUGACAAUGCCUUGGCUGGGAUGAUUUAAUUGGGGAUUGGUCCUGUUUUGAGCAGGGGGUUGGAUUAGAUACCUCUUGAGGUCCCUUCCAAUCCUGAUAUUCUAUGAUUCUAUGUGAGUGUAAACCACAACUUUACAGAAGGGUUCAUUUGGUGGAAAUGAGUGUUAAAUUGAAUUAAAGGAAAGUAACAAAAAAGAUUUUUAUUACCUGUGAGAAUGAAAUUAAACAUGAGGUUAAUUAUUAAUGAACAAGACUAAUUAUGUGAUGACUUUCAGCUUUCCAGUAUAAUUCUGAUUUAUGUUUUCUUUUUAUUGGUAAUAUAGGAAAUGGUGGCUAAUCCUUAAAGGCUUGUUUGAUGUAUUUUACUCCCUUCUGACUAAGGAAUUCUGAAAUAAAACUUUACUCCAAA